AUGGCUCUCCAACCGGAGGAUUUUCAUCAUCCGUAUACGCCCUAUGAGAUCCAAUCACAGUUUAUGCGGUCCCUCUAUUCGUCUCUGGAGGAAGGCAAGAUAGCCAUUUUUGAAUCCCCUACGGGCACUGGAAAAUCCCUUAGUUUGAUAUGCGGCGCGUUGACUUGGCUACGAGACCACAAGCGCAAGGAGUUUCAAGAAACAGUGGAUAACACCACCUGUGAUGAUGGUGAACCAGAAUGGAUGUUGGAGUUUGCGAAACGCGAAUCCAGUCGUGCUAUUACAGAAAAGAGAAAGGACUUCGAAGCGCGUCUGGCAAAGACCAAGUUGGAGGAGGAGAAGCAAAGGUCUGCUGCUGAACACCCAGAGAGACCUCGAAAAAAGCAGAGAAUCGACACUUCUACUGGAUCGAAACCGCAAGAUGAUGACCAAUUUGCUCUCGAUGGAUAUGACAGCGAGAACGAAGAGCAACGAGCAUCCGGGAAAGGCACCGGCGGUUUCGACGGCCUUUCUACCAGCACCAUGGCGCUUUUGGAGCGCUUCAAAGGCAGAUACUCGUCUCAGAAUAAGGAUGAUCAAGAUGAUGGGGAUGAAGAGAUCAAGAUAUUUUUCUGUUCCAGGACACAUUCACAGCUGUCUCAAUUUGCGAGUGAGCUGAAGCGUGUUACAAUACCGUCGAGUCUACCAAAGGAACUCCGGACGGGUAACACAGACGAGGAUGAGCUCGAGGAACGGAUUAAGCACCUUUCUCUUGGCUCUCGAAAGAACCUCUGCAUCAACCCUCGAGUAGCUGCCUUGGGAAAUGCAACCGCGAUCAAUGAACGCUGCUUAGAGCUUCAACAACCUGGUGUGGCAGCCGAGCACAAAUGCCCCUACUUGCCGACAAAGGAGGAUGAAGCUUUGACUCUGAAAUUCCGGGACCAUGCAUUAGCAACGAUAAAAGACAUUGAAGAUAUAGGGAAAGUUGGCAAGCAGGUCGGCAUAUGCCCAUACUAUGCAUCUCGCUCGGUUAUUAAGCACAGCGAGAUUGUGACCCUUCCAUAUCCAUUGCUGCUUCAAAGAUCGGCUAGGGAAGCCCUGAAUCUUUCCAUCAAAGACCAUGUUAUUAUCAUUGAUGAGGCGCAUAACUUGAUGGAUGCAAUCGCCGGCAUCCACUCCGUCACGGUCACGCUCUCUCAACUCCAGACUUCCAUUUUCCAGCUGACCGUAUAUGCACGAAAGUUCAAGAAUCGCCUGAAGGGCAAGAACCGAAGCUAUGUUGCUCAGGUCAUCAGGCUUGUCAACUCGAUUGCGGAUCAUCUUAAAUUAAUAAAAGAGAAUAAGCAGCCAGUUGAAGGCUCGGUACAGGCUUCGGAUCUUAUGGCCGGGAAAGGAGUCGACCAGAUCAACCCGUAUAAACUAUCUCGCUAUUUACAGGAAAGUAAGUUAGCAAGAAAAGUUGACGGAUACGUUGAAUUCUCCCAAGAAAAAGACAACCCUCAAUCAAAAGACAAGCCCACAACGCCCGUCCUCUUUCAUAUACAAAGCUUCCUUUUACCGCUCAUGAACCCUUCUGCUGAAGGGAGACUGUUCUACGUGAAAAACCAAGGUGAUGUUCAACUGAAGUAUAUGCUUCUCGAUCCAACGAAUCAUUUCCGUGAGAUCGUUGAAGAUGCUAGGGCAGUAAUCUUGGCGGGUGGAACAAUGUCUCCUAUGACAGACUACAUGCAUCACUUAUUUUCUUAUGUACCGUCUAGUCGAUUAAGCACGUUCAGCUAUGGCCAUGUCAUUCCAGCACAGAACCUGACUGCACAAUCACUAGUCAGAGGAAUUCAGGGCUCAGAAUUUGACUUUACUUAUGAGGCACGGGACUCCGAGAAGAUGAUCAUAGAUCUUGGACAAACAAUAGCUGCCUUAUGUCAUGCUAUUCCGGACGGCGUUGUCGCAUUCUUCCCUAGCUACGAUUACCUGGCCCGGGUCCUGAACACAUGGAAAAAGCCCACCCCAGAAAAAAAGACGCAGACUAUACUCGGUCUUAUCGAGCAGAAGAAACCCGUUCUGUACGAAACCCGGGAGGCAACAGCUAAGACAGAGGAGCUUCUCCAGCAAUACACGGAGACUAUCCAGUCAGGGUCGGGCGCUUUGCUCCUUUCCGUCGUUGGCGGAAAGUUGUCCGAAGGUAUCAACUUCUCCGACAGAUUGGGUCGGGGUGUGUUGAUGGUGGGUCUACCAUUCCCCAAUAUCCGCAGCGCAUUUUGGCAGGCGAAGAUCCAAUAUGUCGAACAGAAGGCGUACAAUCAGGGUUCGGGAUCGGAAGAGAACAGAAAAUCUCUUGCAAAAGCAGCCGGUAGAGACUUUUACGAGAACGCAUGCAUGCGGGCUGUGAAUCAGUGCAUUGGGCGAGCCAUCAGACAUCUAAAUGAUUAUGCGGCCAUUGUCCUGAUUGACAGGAGGUAUGAAUUGCCUCAUAUAAAAGGGAAAUUGCCUGCGUGGAUCAGGCAGAGCAUGGUCGCUGGUGCUGGUCAAAGGUCCACCGAUGUCACAAUAAAGGAACUCUCCAAGUUCUUCGCAGCGCGAUGA